AUGAGUACUCGUAGAGCUCAUUCAUCUAGAACAAAAGAUGUCAUUUACUGGCGCUAUCAUUGGAAAAAAUCUGAUCCUGUUAUGAUAGCUAAAAGAAUUGGUACAAUAAAUUGGUUUCUUUUACGUGAAAAGCUAAAAGAAAUGAAUGAGAGAAACGAGAAAGAAACUAAUCCGCAUACUAUUCGUGCUCAGAUUAUUGCAUCCCAAUUAGAAAAUAUGGGAAAAGAAAUGACAAUAACUGCUACAAAACAUGAUGAUCCUAAUGAAUGUACAAAGAAAAUCAGUAAAGAAUCUACGUAUUACAAAGGUGGUCCAUACACUAAAGGAAUGACACCAGAAGAACGAAAGCAAUUUUUCAGGACAAAAUUAAAUCAGCAAGCUCGUGAAGGUUUUCGAUUUUGGUUAACUGAGCGGCCAAAACCAACGAAAUUUGGUCAUUAUUCAAUGGGAGCCAAAUACACUUUCCUCGGAUUGUGCAAUGCUCCGAGGAGUUGA